GUCUUUAAGUACAAAUUCGACGAACACGGCUACCUUAUAAAGGUAAAGGCAAGGAUCUGCGUGCGAGGCGACCUCCAGACAACGACUCAGGAUACCUACGCCGCUACCCUAGCCUUCCGCAUCUUCUGUACCCUUAUUACUAUCAUCUACGCCUUUAAUCUCGAGACUAGGCAAUAUAAUAUAGUUAAUGCCUUUCCCCACGUGCUACUAGAAAACGAAACCUUCUAUGCUCCGCCUAAAGGUAUAAAACUUCCACACGACUAA